AUGGCGUCCACAGAAAGCUUUGGCUGGUAUGGCCUCGGGUCUAUGGGCAUUGGCAUGGCCCUGAACCUUCAAAAGCACCUCGCCGCCAAGGGCAUGCCUCCACUGCGAUAUAGCAAUCGCACAAUGUCGCGCGGCCAGGCUCUCAAACAGGCCGGUGCCAUUCCUGAAGAGAGCUUGGAGGAAGUUAUUGCAAAGUCGACCGUCAUCUUCACAAUGAUCUCAAACGACGAAGUGUUGGACGGCCUUGUAACAAAAGCCCUGGAGGCCGGAAUCCCGCUUGAAGGCAAGGUCUGGAUUGACACCUCGACUGUUCACCCCGACACAUGUGCAAAGUGCUCAGAGCGCCUUGGCGAGAAAGGCGCAACCUUCGUUGCCUCUCCCGUGUUCGGUGCCAGCCCCAUGGCAGCCGCUGGUAAGCUUAUAUUCUCCAUGGCCGGCCCAGCCGCUACUAUUGACAGACUCGGCCCCUUCAUUCUGGCUGGGAUGGGCCGGAGCAUCAUCAACAUGGGCGAGGACGUCCGUAAGGCCAGUCUGCUCAAGAUCUCAGGAAACAUCUUUGUCAUUGGACUUCAGGAGCUAAUCGCCGAGGCACAAGUCUUUGCCGAGAAGACAGGCCUUGGGACCGCCCAGAUGGAGGAGUUCAUAGGUAGCAUGUAUGGGCCAGUUCUGGAGAGCUACUCGAAACGCAUGACCACCGGCGCCUACGCACCGCCCCUCGACACCCAGCCAGGCUUCGCCGCUGCCCUAGCGUCCAAGGAUGCCAGCCACGCCAUAUCCAUCGCCAAGGCUCACGGCACCCGAAUUCCUACCCUCGAGACGGCGCUUUCCAGGCUGACGACUGCGCGCGAGUAUGCGGGUGAGUCACUGGAUAGCUCGUCGGUGUAUGGAAUUGCACGGAUGGAAGCGGGGCUGCCUUUCUGGAGUGAGAAUAGCAGGCAGGGUAAUUAG